CCAGCGCACAAAACUUUAACACGCCGUCGUCGCGUUCGGUAGUCUUCACAGACGGUAGUGCCCGCAGUUCAGCAGCCGACAUGGAUCGGCUAUUGAUUGCAAAGCUCGCUCGGAACACCGUGCUUCCGUUGACUUACAUUUUAUUUACCGCCGCCGCGUUCGUGAUAGCCGGCUACUUUUUGGCCCUAAAAACACAGUCUUCCAUGCUGUUUUGUAAAGAUGGAAACUUUAAGAAGUUCCUUAUAAAACAAGUACCUGUUGUCGGGGAAAAAUAUUUACCUUCAAUUUGUGGUUUCAAUGGGUAUGCACAUACAGUUUUGGCCAUAAUGUUUAGAUUUAUCAUUACACCUACAGUAGUGUAUGACAGAGAAAUCUUGACAUUAAAGGACGGGGGUCAACUCGCUAUAGACUGGCUGUAUCCAAAAUAUAAAGGUCCACAGAAUUUAGUCACCGUAAUCAUACUCCCUGGAAUUACAGGCGAUAGUCAAUCUGAAUAUGUCAGAGAAACAGUUAACGAGCUGUUUGAAAAAGGCUAUUGUUGUGUUGUUUUUAAUUACAGAGGCAGAGGAGGUGUAAAACUGAAGACUGCUCGAACGUACUCGGCGACCAACAUCGAAGACUUAACUGAAGUUCUGAAACACAUUAAGACUAAACGGCCAAAUAGUCCGAUUGUCAGCAUAGGAUUCUCAAUGGGAGGAACAUUACUGGGAACAUUUUUAAUGUCAUCUGAGCAAGAGAAAAACAAACACUUGGUCACAGGAAUACUAAUUUCAGUUCCAUGGAAUGUAAAACAAGCUUGUAAAAAUGCAGAAAGUUCUUGGUUGAUGCGAAAAAUGGGCGAAAAUUUGGCCCAUCAUUUACGCAGUGUCGUCGUUCAAAACAAAGAUGUUAUUUUCAAUCAAGAUAAUGACAGAUCGCUAGAUUACAACAUAAUUAAACAGUGUAACACUAUCCGGGAGUUCGAUACAGCCUACACUAUUAAAAUAUUCAACUAUUCCAAUGUAUAUCACUAUUACGAGGAAGCGACACUGAGCAACAAACUUCAUUUGAUCAACGUACCGUGUCUAUGUUUAAGUGCUGCGGACGAUCCUUUUCUUUACUUUAGAGAUAUACCUGUGAACGAAGCCGACGAACACGGAAAUUUGGCUAUCUUAGUGACAUCUUGUGGUGGUCACGUGGGUUACCUAGAUACUUUUUGGCCGUUCACGAAUAAUAACUUUAUGUUGAAGCUCAUCCAACAAUAUAUCGAUGCGAUUAUGGUAGACAAGAAUUAUGAGAAAUUUGUUAACCUUUAAACGGUUUGUUUUUAUAUUUAUUAAAAUAUAAUAUAUCAUAAUAUAUUAGUGUUGUACGUAAAUUAAAAAAACAAAACUGUAUACGAUCAAUGAUAAUAAUCUUUGCGGGUAGUAGUAUAUUAGUGUUUUUAAAUAUUGCUAUUGAUUAAAACUGUUUUGUUGUACGAAUUUUGAAUCGAAAAUGUCACUAAGUCGUUUUGAGUAAAGUUUUAAAUUAAAAACA